CGAAAUAGAAGUCUUUGCUACUUAUCAGGCCAUAACACCUGCAAAUCCAAUUGCCAAAUUUGCUUUUAGUCAAAAUGUGAAGAGGGUUUUAGCUUGUGUUAAUGGAAGCAUGCCGCUGUGAUGAAAGGACACCUAAAGGCGCUUUAGUCAUCGCAGAUACAGUGAAAAAAACAUCACUGAAACACGGUCUCAUCUCUCGAACUAAUUUCACCCAGAUUGAAGUUCGAUAUUAACUUGAAGAGUUCGUGUUUGGUUUGCAAGGCGAAAUUUGCAUCAUCCAUUUAAAUACGCUUUGACACGGUUGGUGAGGAAAUCGAUGUAUAAGAACAGCUUUGGACAAUUGGAACAAGUGAAGGAGAGUUGUGAACGCGGGGAUAACAGUUCUCUCAUAGAAGAAUGAAUGACAACACUUCAGGGCCAAGUAAUUCCACCUCUGCUGAAGAAGAGAAGCAAGUCAUCACUUGGUGUGUUGCAUAUGCACUCGUAACAGUCACUAUUAUAGUGAACAAUGUGGCAGCCAUAUUGGCGUUUACAAAAUCACGGCUUCUAAGAAAAUUCGGAAAUUAUUUCCUUUUCAAUCUGGCAGUGGCAGAUUUGAUGGUUGGGACAAUUGCUCUGCCGUUGUAUAUACAUUUAAUCUACAUAUCACCUCCCAAAGCGCCUUUAUCAACCAAACCGGGGCCUUUUCAGAUUAUCCAAAUAGCUUUUGAUGUAUUUUCUGGAAUGGCAUCUGUCUUCAUACUCACCGUUAUUUCUCUGGAAAGAGUAUGCGCCAUAUUUUGCCCUUUGCGAUAUCGAAGCCUUUCAAAAACAACCUAUAUGGUUGUUUUAGCAGAGGCAUGGAUUCUUUCGGGAGCUCUCACAGGAAUAUGGCUUUUGACAGUAUUUGAUUUUAUCCAUCACAAUAUCUUUGCGUAUAGUUUGGCUAUUUUAUCUUUCACUUCGCUUACGUUGAUGAUAGCCUCUUAUGUCGCCCUAUGGCUGAAGAUCAAAAUCUGGAGCCGCAAAACGCAACAGCGAGCAACUGGAGAAAAAGAACGCAAUUUAGCAAUGGCUAUCGCUAUCAUAACUGCAGUAUUCUUAUUGACCUGGUCACCAUUUCAUAUCAUGAAUAUCUUGAUAAACUUUAAGAAAUCUUUGCUAGAUGGGAUUCCCUAUGAAGCCAUCUAUGUCGCAAAGUUUUUACAUUAUAGUAACUCGAUUGUUAAUCCAGUGAUUUACUGUUAUAAAAUUUCUGAAUUCAGAAGAGCACUGAAGUCCUUGAUUACAAGGAAACAAAAGAAAAGAGAAACAAGAGUUUGAUUCAAGUUAAGUAAUGAUUGUAGAAUUAUUAUACCCACACAAAGUAUUUAUAUCUCAUAAAUAAUGGUAAUUGAACUUCGUGUGGUCCAGUUUGGUCUGAAAUCAUAUGAGUGAUUUUGAAUCACACGCAUGAUUUCAGACCACAAUUGUAUGACACGAAGUUCAAUUACCCCUUUAAUACACCCAUUUUGAAAAAGCAAAAUGUGACCGCUCAGAUGCAGGAUUAUUCAGUCUGUACAAAUGGUUUAUUGAUUUAGUCGUGGGCUGUUUUAUAGAAAGCUGCAAAAGUUGUUUUUCACUUUCCUGCAGUUUUGUUGGUUUCUUUAAACAAGCAAUUGGUUGUUGUAUUUAAAUAAAGCUUCCAAAUUGGCCCGGAAAAGGAUGCGAUUUAUAGCAAGAAAAUGGUGUGACUCGUAAAUAAAUCGCACCAAUGGGAGCCAAUCAGAUUAAAGGGAUCACCUGUGAUUUCAAAAUAGAUGUAGUAAAUAAGCGAAGCGUCAAUACGAGACGAUUAAACCUGUUCGAUCAAUUCAAGGCGGUGUAACAGUAGCCUAAGUUAACCAGUAACCUUAUACUCUUUGACCUUACUGCAUGUGCCAUAAGCACAUUCCUAAUCGAUUCAAUAAAUCAUAAACAAAGCUCAUUUUACUCGUCGGCAUCCACGCCUGGCUUCAGAAAUUUAUUGUCGCUUUUAGACCUGGCUUCUGGAGAUUGUAACUGAUUGGCUGAUCCAUCACACAUUGUAUGAUAAGUUGAGUUAUACACGCGUUAUGAUUAGUGUCUUAUCUAGGAUCUUUUAGAGGACAGACACAAAGAUUACGUAAUCAUCAAAGACUCUAACAAUGGGCUAAGGCUUGAAACGUCAG